CUUCCGUCCGUUCCUCCCCCGUCGAAGUGCGAUUUGUUUCCUGUGUUAUGACCUUGUUUACUCGUCCAAGCGAAGCUUUUUUUUUUUUUUUUUUGGCGCAGAAGAAAUGUAACGGUUCCUGGUUUAGCUCAGUAAUGCACCCGGCUGUGGAGUGCGGUGAAGGAGGAGGAGGAGAAGAAGAAGGAGGUGGGGAAAUGUUUUGGACGAAACAAGAUGGCGCUUCUUGAGGAUCCCACGCUUUCUGUCGGUUUAGAGAACUGUUUAAAGCUUUCUGCCAUGGAAACCGCUCGCUAGUUAGACUCUCUAACUCACUCACUAACCGCUUCACUAGUGCUUUUUGACUGGGUUCCUGCCUGGACUGUCAGUUUCUGGCCAUCUUUUUGUUCCUGGAUCACAGCCUGUACGUGCUGCAUCACGAUGGAUGACGCAUCCCCAGCGUCUCUGACUGACAUGUGCCUGUCACUGGUGAGCUCCAGACUGGAAUGGUUCUGUGUGAAGCAGGCUGAUGGCUCCCUGUGUCUCCGCGAUCUUGUAGUCUUCCCUCAGGAGCUGGCUGACCAGCUGCUCUACAAGAUGGCUACAGAAGGCCUGCUGAACGACAGCACGGUGGGGAUUUUCCGCAACAGCCGGCAGCUCCGGCUACGUCGCGCCUGCAUCCGUACAGCCCGCAUCUCAGCAGAGGCUUUUGAACGCGCUCUUUGUCUGCACCGGCUGCUCGAGCUCGAUGCGUCACGCGUCAACGCAGACCUGACCAUCACCGACAUCCUGCGCUGCCUCUCGGCCAGCAAGGCGGCACGCGAGAGCCUGCAGCGGCUCGUGCUCAAUGGCCUGAGCAUGUCCUCGCUGGAGGAGUCGAGUAACCGCUGCUUCAGCUCACUGCAGGGCCUCAGAGCGCUCAGCGUGUCCAACGUGGACUUCUACGACUCAGGGCUGGUUGAUGUGUGCUCACUGCCCCGGCUGGAGAGCCUGGACAUCUCGAAUACAUCAGUAACCAACCUGACACCACUGCUGAGCUGCAAGGACAGGCUGCGCUACCUCACCAUGCACCAGCUCAAACGGCUGGAGAUGAGCUCCAAACAACUACUGGCCGUACUCAGCCAGUUGGAGGGCUUGCAGCAUCUGGACAUCUCGGAUGACAAGCAGUUCAUGUCCGAUGUGGCCUGGCAGCUUCUGGAAACACCAGGCAUCCUGCCUGCGCUCGUGUCUCUGGACGUCUCCGGCAGGAAGCACGUGACCGACGCGGCCGUCCGGGCUUUUGUCGAGGAGCGGCCUGGAAUGACGUUCGUUGGCCUGCUUUCCACUGACGCCGGCUUCUCUGAGUUUCUGUCUGGAGAGGGUACCUUAAAGGUGACUGGGGAGGCCAAUGAGACUCAGAUCUGCGAGGCUCUGAGGCGCUACAGCGAGAGGGAGGGCUUCGUUAGGGAGGCACUGUUCCAUCUUUUCAGCCUGACGCACGUGAUGGAAAAAGCUCGGCCUGACAUCCUGAAACUGGUAGCGUUAGGGAUGAAGAACCACCCCUCCACUCUGAAUGUGCAGUUAGCAGCCAGCGCCUGCGUCUUCAACCUCACCAAACAGGACCUGGCGUUCGGAAUGCCUGUACGUCUCUUGGGUCAAGUCACGCAGCUGCUGCUCGAAGCAAUGAAGACUUUCCCCAACCACCAGCAGUUGCAGAAGAACUGCCUGCUGUCUCUCUGUAGUGACCGGAUCCUGCAAGAAGUUCCCUUCAACAGGUUUGAAGCUGCGAAGCUGGUCAUGCAGUGGUUAUGUAACCAUGAAGAUCAAAAUAUGCAGAGGAUGGCAGUGGCAAUCAUAUCCAUCCUGGCUGCGAAGCUGUCUACCGAGCAAACGGCGCAGUUGGGAGCCGAGCUAUAUAUAGUGAAGCAACUCCUGCACAUUGUGCGUCAGAAGACAUCUCAGGGCACAGUGGAUGCCACACUGAAGUUCACACUCAGUGCUUUGUGGAACCUAACAGAUGAAUCACCUACCACCUGCAGACACUUUAUAGAGAACCAGGGCCUGGAGCUUUUCAUCAGCGUGCUGGAGUCCUUCCCUUCAGAGUCUUCCAUUCAGCAGAAGGUCCUUGGCUUGCUGAACAACAUAGCCGAAGUGGGCGAGCUGCAUGCAGAGCUGAUGGUACAGAGCUUUCUGGAUCAUAUCAGGUCUCUGUUGCACAGUCCUGAAGUGGAGGUGAGCUACUUCGCAGCAGGGAUCCUUGCUCACCUCACUUCACGGGGCAAGACAGUCUGGACCCUCGACCUGUCCCUCAGGAGCACACUGCUGGAGCAGCUGCACUCAGCAAUCCUGAAGUGGCCCACGCCUGAAUGUGAAAUGGUGGCCUACAGAUCAUUUAACCCUUUCUUCCCCUUGCUGGAGUGCUUCCAGACUCCCGGGGUUCAGCUGUGGGCAGCGUGGGCCAUGCAGCAUGUGUGCAGCAAGAAUGCUGCACGCUACUGUAGCAUGCUGUUAGAAGAAGGAGGACUGCAUCAUCUGGAGGCAGUGUGUUCACAUCCUGAAACACAUUGCGAUGUGAGACGAUUGGCUGAGAGCAUUCUGGACAGCCUUCAUCGCCACAGAGCGCGUACAGGCUACACGGGAGCGACGCAAGCGCACACACACAGAGAGAGAGACGUUCCAUGAGAUGGAUAACCGGAAUACCUGUUACCAGUCUCUGGAUGACGCAUGGUGUACUACCUGGAAAGUGUGUGUGUGUGUGUGUGUGUGUGUGUGUGUGUGUGUCCUUGUAUGGCUUGAUUAAUUACUUCCUCCAGCCCUGUGUGCUCAAUUCCACCAACAAAUCUAUGGGGCACUAUGGGAUGGGGGGGACCCUAACAAGCGUUCGUUUGCACAAAGCAAAUUAUUUACAUCUUUUUCAUCCUUUCUCAAUUUAGAAAUUACAAUUUUUUUUUUUUUAAAUAAUCUAUCUUGCCUGGGGAAAAAUUGGGUGAAGAGUGUCAAGAACGAAAGAGAAUAGCAUGACAGCAUGUCUGCAUGUGCUGAGAAAGCAUGCUUUAGUUCCUCGGGAUUCUCGAUAUGCACAGUUGGAUUGAUUCAGAUCCAGUUUCGACAGAUUCUCGUCCGUGUGGACACAUGGCAAUAAAUAUCUCAAACGUAUGUUUCGGAAAUCUCCAAUUGGUAUUGUUUUGAGAUGAUGUUAAUUGCUAAAUUCUUCUACGUGUAUGUAUAUAAAUGUGUGCAUGUAGACGUGUGGGUGCUUGAGGGUUUGGUUGUAAUUUGUAUUCGUCACUGCAUGAGAGAUUUGAUGCAAAAGUGUAUAUAUGUAUGUAUCUAUACAUACAAAUUAUAUAAAAGUACUGUACAUGGUAUCUACUGUGGCAGAUGACAAAGAUGCUGUUAUAAAGAGUGCCAUGUUGUGUUGCACGUAAAGAAUUAUUAUUUUUUUUUGUGGAUUGAGAGAAAUGGUACAAAUGGGAGAAAGAAGCUAAAUUAUAUGUGAGAGGCUCUAUCGAACGAGAUCUCGGAUUAGGACAGUGUUGAACCAUAGGUUUCCCUGCUCACUACCGCACAGCUCUUAGUGAGACACAGUCUUGUUGACCUUCUUUCGCCGCUUAUUCAAAUGUUGCAGAGAGACCACAUGAUAGUCCAUGACAAUGGAGCCAAAAUGGGAAUGGAUGUCUAUAUUUAACAGCCUGACAUGCCAGGGAUAACAAAAGUCACUCAAAAGGAUGAACUGAAUGACUGUCAUUUGUGAGCUACAUAACUGCUUUGUCCAAACUCUAAUCUGAUGAACUUUCAAACUUGCUUUCGUUUGAUGUAUUUUUUGUCUGUGGUUAUGUUGGAUUUUUCUUUCUUUCUUUUUCUUUAAAUAUAAUUCUAGUAUACAGUAUGUGGGGCCAUGUACUUUAAUAAUAGAGACUUGAAUAUUGUGGGGCAACUAGAUCGCAAAUGUCAAUUUCACUCCAUACAGCAUCUUCAGUUCAUAGAGACCAGAAUAUAAAAGAACACGUACACUCACCAGUCACUUUAAUAGAAACACCUAUACACCUGCUCAUUUAUGGCGUUAUCAGGGAUGAGAGUUUUCCGGCGGGUUUCCGCUUUUUCUGAGCAAAAAUCGAUAUUAUGCCAAAUCCGUUGAGAUUUUUUUUUUUUUUUCCAUUGAGGGGGGUUGGGGUAUGUUCCUUCGUGAUACUCAAGCGUACGACGAUGUUACAUGUUUACAUUUUCACCAUCUUUAGUCUCGCUAAGUCUUGCGGUAGAAUAUGUGUUAUCUACAAUGUAAUUGGUCAAAACAUCGCUGGCGAGAGCAUGAUAGCCAAUCAUAACCGUUCUUACAAGAGUGUGGGUGAGAACAAAAGCCAAUCAUAACAGUUCUUACAAAAGUACCCGCAUUGUUCUAUUUUAUCGAAACUUGCACAUGUUCAUCGUCGCUGCGCUUCAAAAAUACGUUUCUCUUUCGUAUCGGCUUUUUUACUCAAAAUGCCGAAUUCAAUUGACAAGCGAGACGAAGCAAAGGUACGUGAAAUCGAUGCUGGUAUAAAAAAAAACAGAGAGAGUACUGACAAGCUUUUUGUCUUUGGCCAAAAAGCUGAAGAAGUAGUCGAAAUGAUUAAAUGAAAAUGAGAAGUGACUGUGAACUAUAAAUAAUUGUAUAAAGUGUACAUAGACAUUAUCCCAUAAACUUAGCAUUCGUUUGAUUUAAUACAUUGAACAUGUAUAUGAUGGUCAGUAAAUCUGAAUUAAUGCUGACAGUUUUGAAAAUUUAAAUAUUUCAAAAGACUUUGAAAUCAUAUGCAACUAAUGAGGACAUAGGGUGACUGACCUUUUCUCCCUAAGAAAUUUGAUUUAAUAUAUGAACAUUUUGAUAAUUAAUAAAACUUACGUUUAAUGUGAAUUUAGUUUGUCAUUUUUGUUGAUCAUAAAUUAUAACCAUACCCUUGAAUGUAGAAUGUGAUUUUAUUUUGAAUUCAAACAAUACUCCUAUUGAUUUGAAACAUAUUUUCAUGUAAAUAUAUAAACGACAAGAUUUUUUUUAUCUACUACAGCUCAGAUUGCAGGAAAAGUGGUUUGUAAAGCCUUAUUUUUCAAAAUUUUCCUGGGGGGUAUCCCUCCCAGACCCCCGGCUUCGGGCGCCAUCUUGUUUUCUGCUUUUUUGGUGACCGCCUACUCUCAUCCCUGGUUAUCCAAUCAUGCAGCAGCAGCACAACGCAUAAAGUCAUGCAGAUACGUGUCAAGAGCUUCAGUUAAUGUUCACAUCAAACAUUAGAAUGGGAAAAACGUCAUCUAUGUGACUUUAAUCAUAGCAUGGGCGUUGGUGCCAGAUGGGCUGGUUUGAAUAUUUCAGAAACUGCUGAUCUCCUGGGGUUUUCAUACACAACAGUCUCUAGAGUUUAUACAGAAUGGUGCCGGGGGAAAAAAAAAAUCCUAGGUGGGGAGGGUCUGCAGGCUGAAACGCUGAUGAGAGAGAUCAGAGGAGAAUGAUCAGACUGGUCUGAACUGCCAGGAAGUCUAUAUUAACAUUAAAAAAUAAUCACUCUUUACUACCGUGGUGAACAGAAAAGCAUCUCAGAACACACAACACAUCAAACCCUGAUGUGGAUGGGCUACAACAGCAGUAGAGCACAUCAGGUUCCACAACAACAAGAAUCUGAGGCUAUUGUGGAUACAGACUCGCUCAAACUGGAAAAAGACCAGGUGAUUUUUUUUUUUUUCCUUCUUCUAAUCUUCAACCAUCCAGCCCAUCUGUUACCAACAUCCAUGCCACAAAGUCACAGAGAUCACACUUUUUCUUCAUUCUGAUGUUUAAUGUGAACAUUAACUGAAGUUCUUGAACUGUACCUGCAUGAUAUGUUGCAUUGUGCUGCUGCCACAUGAUGAGCUGAUUUCGAUAACUGCAUGAAUGUACACGUGUUCCUAAUAAAGUGGACAGUGAGUGUAUAUCAGAUACCAAAGAAAUGA